UCCAAACCCAUCACAGUCUCCUUUGAUAUGACCCUGAAUCAGAUAGCUGACAUGGAUGAAAGAAAUCAAGUUCUUAAGACUAACAUAUGGACUACACAGUGGUGGGAUGAUGAAAUGAUGCGAUGGGACCCAGACCAAUACGAUGGUAUAAAUCAGAUACGCAUUCCUGCAUCCGAUCUAUGGAUGCCUGACGUCACAUUAUAUAACAAUGCCGACACGGUGGACUACUCAAAAGAAAACGAAUCAUCAUCUAACUGCGUGGUAAACUCAACCGGUGAGAUACAGUACGUCUCCAAGCCUUCAAUCCUGAAAAGCACGUGUAGAGUGUUUAUCAAGUAUUUCCCAUUCGAUGUCCAGAUGUGUAAAAUGAAAUUCGGAUCCUGGACGUACGACAGUUUUCAGGUGGACCUCGUUAACGUUAAAGAUGUGCCAGACCUACUUGGAUUCAUCCAUAACGAGCAGUGGCAUCUGGAGUUCGCUCUCACUAAGCGCCACGUGAUCUUCUACGAAUGCUGCCCAGAGAAAUACCCAGAUGUAUCUUUCUACAUCUGCAUUAGAAGGAAACCACUGUAUUAUAUUUACAACUUAAUAAUACCAUGCGUCUUGCUGUGUACUCUGUCCUUCCUUGGGUUCUUCAUGCCUUACAAUGUGGGAGUGGUGAAGGCCUCACUCAGCGUAACCUUGAUCUUAUCUCUGACGGUAUUUUUACUUCUGGUUGCUGAAAUGAUGCCAAGAACGUCGAUGGAGAUACCGCUCAUUGGUCAGUACUACUUAGCAGCCAUGUCACUUAUAUCAGUGUCCACAGCAAUGAAUGUAGCUGUACUAAACGUGCAUGUCUGCAAUAGAGAUGUGCCCAGGUGGAUCAAAGUCAUAGUGUUGAAGUAUAUGGCCACUAUUAUGUGCAUGCGUGUAAGCGAGUGCAAACAUCGCCAAUUGUCACAGAAUUCGGACACCAUAGGAGCCCGCAGAGCACACUCAAAUGGACGCUACACUGCAGGCACUCAGAGUAGCAGGGAUCCCAGCCACUAUAGUCUACAGAGCUCGUCAUCGAGUAGGGCCGCAGUGUCCUUCAACACCUUCCAUGACGUCGGAGAUGAUGAGAAUGAGUGGAAGUUCUCUAAAGUCGAGCAGAGCGUCUGUGAAAUCUUCAAACAUCUGAAGUACCUGCAGAGGAGGAAUGAUAGAAAAGGUUCACUCAGAGACGAAUGGGUUAAAGUCGCCACCAUUUUGGAUAAGACACUGAUGUUUUUGUUUAUCAUGUCCACUAUCACUACCUCACUUGCUUUGUUGCUUCAGAACCCCGGCGACGCUACAAAACGCUGCCACAGAAUGAUUGCAGAGGACGAGAGAUUCUACGAGAAUGAUACGUACACAUAACUGUAUUUUGUCUGACUACCUGUACUGAAUGAAAUUAUAUGUGAUUAUAUAGAGCAGAACAUAUAGUAUACAACUAUAAUAUAUAU